CUUGAGCCAUGAACUCUCUUGGAAGAAGAAAUCCAAAGAAAGCAACAGACCUUCCUCAAUUCAGCAACAGAAAAAACAUGUACAAAUUAAUCCAUCUAACAACAUAAAGAAGAAAACACCAACAUUGAAAUCAAUCUUCUGAAAUGGGUACUGUUAUAAGGGAAGCAAAAAAGGGAGCCUAAUUGAAGAAGAUGAUGAUGAUGAGAGAAGAAGGAAUAUCAUCAAACAGUAGGUGUCAAGACUGUGGAAAUCAAGCAAAGAAAGAUUGCCCAUAUUUGAGGUGCAGAACUUGCUGUAAAAGCCAAGGGUUUCAGUGUCAAACCCAUGUCAAAAGCACUUGGAUCCCUGUCUCUAGAAGGCGUCCAAGGCACCACCUUCUUCACACUAUUCAACAACAGCAGCAGCAGCAGAAGCAGCUUCAAGUAAACCCUAAAAGAUACAGAGAAAAUGAUAAUCUUGCUGCAGGAGGGGAAGAAGAAGAUGUACCAACAGAAGUGAGUUUACCAGCAGUAUUUCGGUGUGUUCGAGUAAGUUCAACAGACAAUGUGGUGGAUCAAUAUGCUUAUCAGACAUCAGUGAAUAUAGCAGGACAUGUGUUUAAAGGGAUAUUAUAUGAUCAAGGCCCUGAGACUGAGACUCAUUACAAUAAUAUGGCUAGGGAAAGCUCCUCAAAUGGCUUCCAACAAGAGCAACUUACAACAAAUUUAACACCACCACCACCUUCUUACCCUAGUCCUUUUAAUAAUUUCAUGCCUGGUACGCAAUUUUUUCAAUACCCAAAGUCAUCCUAAAAUUUAAAAUUAUUUCUCCUAAUUUAAGUUGUUUUAAAUCUAUAGCUCGCUAAAUUUUUAUGUACAUGUAAAAUAAUAUACACUGGAUAAGAAGGGAAAAGAAGGAAAAGUUCAAAAUCAGAUAUAUAUCGAGAGAGAAAGAGAUCAGUGCUCUUGUAUUC